AUGCGAGCUUUCGUGACGGACGGGAAAGGCAGCGGAUCAAUCCAAAACGUUCCUCGUCCAGUCCCAGGACAUAACGAAAUCCUCGUCAAGGUAUACUAUGCUGCUCUGAAUCCCGGAGACUGGAAGCUCGUCCAAGGUGACGUUCUAGAUGGCACUAAAUCAUCAGGACUCAUCGUUGGCUGUGACUUUUCUGGGAUUGUCGAAGAGCCAAACGGAUCAAAAUGGCAGAAAGGACAACGAGUUGGUGGUUGGGUUCAUGGGGCAACUUACCAAGGAAUUGGUUCUUUUGCCGAGUUUAUCAGCAUUGAAGCAACUCUCGUGUUUGCCAUACCGGACAAUAUCAGCUUGCAGCAAGGAGCGACUAUCUCGCUUGCUUUCGCAACUGCUACGCAGGCAAUUUUCCAACGCAUGAGGCUUCCGGAGCCCUACCAGCCCAAGGGGAGCCAACUUGACUUCCUUGUGUAUGGAGCUUCGACAAGCGUUGGUUUAUAUGCUGUUCAACUUGGGAGACUUAUCGGCCUCCGGGUGAUUGCAAUUGCCUCAACCAAGAAUCACGACCUUCUCAAGAGACUGGGGGCAGAUCUCACUCUUGACUACCAUGAUGAAGACUGGGUCGACCGCGUCAGAGAUAUCACUGGUGGCACAUUGCAAUACGCUCUCGACAUUAUCGCAGACGGAAGCUCUUCACAGAAGAUAGCUAAUGCUCUUAUGCGAGGCGAUGGAGCUCGUCUGAUAGCUCUAUCGCCUGUCAAUAAGUCUUUGAUUAAAGACAUCAACCCAUAUGUCAAAGCGGAAUCACUGAUGGCCUUUACUGUUUUCGGGAGGGCACUCCGUAGCGACUACGCCAUGUUCGACAACGCCGGCGCUGCAACACCAGACGACAAACACACUUGGGAACGUUAUUUACAGUUGGUAACUCACAUGCUGGAGAAAGAAGACCUGGAGCCGAAUCCUGUUAGAGAAGUAGGAACAUUGGACAACGUUAUUGAAGCUUUUGGACUCAGCAAAGAUGGGAAGUUAUCUGCUGAAAAGGCAGUUCUGAAGGUGGUGGAAGGAGGGUGA